AGCAAGUAUGCGCUCUUCUCCUCGAGUACUCGACCGUGCUCAGCUAUGCGUACGCAUCGCACCUCUCAGGGGAAGAUAUUCGGCAUCGGUCAGGUGCAGAUCCAGAGUCCGGCGGCGGGAAAACCUCGGCUACCCCAUCUCACCACGCCUCCCUUUAUAAACGCCUCCGCAGUGCCACGAAGGGGCCCCUUCUCCCAAACCCCGCAACUUCACGCCGAUAUCAGGGCUGCGUUCAGUCAGACCACGGUCCCAAACAGUCAUGCCUCCCUCCGACUUCAAAAACGCCGACAUCGAGCAAGUUGUUGAGCAGCUCACGACUGACGAGUCGAUCCUUCUCACUGCUGGAGUUGGCUUCUGGCACACGCACGCCGUUCCUCGACUUGGUAUUCCCGCGAUCAAGGUCAGCGAUGGGCCAAAUGGUGUUCGCGGCAACCAUUUCUGGAAUGGCACGCCGGCUAAGUGUCUUCCUUCUGCAACGGCGCUUGGCGCGACGUUCAAUACAGAACUCGUCGAGGAAGUCGGGCUGAAGAUCCUGUCCGAAGAAGCGAAGCGCAUGUCUGUUUCGGCGCUUCUGGGGCCGACAUGCAAUAUUCAACGGAAUCCAUUGGGAGGACGUAGUUUCGAGAGCUUUUCCGAAGACCCUUACCUCUCUGGCCACAUCGCCGCGGCGUAUGUGCGAGGCGUGCAGGCAGGCGGUAUCGCCACAACGAUCAAACACUUCGUAGGCAAUGACAAAGAAGACGACCGCUUUGGGUCCGACUCCGUUAUGAGCCAGCGCGCUUUACGCGAGAUCUAUCUUAUGCCCUUCAUGCUGGCGCAGAAGCACGCUCAGCCUUGGUCGUACAUGACUGCAUACAACCGUGUCAAUGGUACCCAUGCGUCUGAGAACCCCUUCCUCCUGAAGCGCAUCCUUCGCGAGGAGUGGAGCUUCCGCGGCAUGGUCAUGAGCGAUUGGUUCGGCGUUUCCUCGAUUGACGCCAGCCUGAACGCUGGGCUGGACCUUGAGAUGCCGGGCACGGAUAAGUGGCGCACUCUGAACCUGGUCAACCGCGCGAUCAACACGCGCAAGGUGACGAAGCGCACAGUCAAGGAGCGCGCAAGAGAGGUCCUAAAGUUUGUGAAGCGGUGCGCGGAGGAGGCGCCAGAGGUGCUCGAUCGCGGAGACAAAGAGACGACGGAGACUAGCGAAGCAGACGUUGAGCUGAUGCGACGCCUCGCGGGAGAGUCUAUCGUGCUGCUCAAGAACGAGGGAAAUCUUCUGCCCUUGCAGCCCAAGCAGCUGAAGAAAGUUGCGAUCCUGGGCGGUAACGCGAAGGCCUUCGUCAUCUCCGGCGGCGGCUCUGCCUCGCUCAAGCCGUCCUAUUUUACUUCCCCAUACGACGGCGUCGUAGCCGCGCUCAAGGCUGAGAACCCUGAUGUCGAGGUCACAUACUCUGAGGGCGCUACAUCAUACCUCAAGAUGCCCUCCCUCGACUACGACAUGCUCACCGACUCCGGCGAGCGCGGCUGGACCGGCACCUGGUUCCAGCAUACUGAGGAAGAGAGCAUGACCCCCAAGGACACGCCCUUCCUCGAGCAGCACAUCACGGAGACGAGCUGCUUCUUUAGCUUAUCCGUGCCAAAGGGCCUUACGCGCAUCUACUCGCUCAAGCUCGAGGGCGUCUUGAAACCACGACCGUACGACUGCACUUUCAAAUUCGGCCUCAUUUCGGCGGGGAGGGCGAAGCUAUUCGUCGACGGGAAGCAAGUCAUUGACAACUGGACCCGCCAGCGGCGUGGGCAGCACUUCUUUACCAGCGGCAGCGAGGAAGAGUACGGCACCAUCCAGGUGAAGGCGAAUGCGAAGCAUAAGAUCCUCGUUGAGUUCUGCAAUGUUCGCGCCCCGGCAGACGGCGAUGAGGACGAGAUGAUCAUGGACUUCAACGCUGCGGUGCGCUUGGGUGGCAGCGAGGUCGAGGAUGCAGAUGUACUACUUGAGAACGCCGUCAGCCUCGCGAAGGACGCGGACGUGGCCGUCGUUGUCGUCGGCACGAACGGCGACUGGGAGACCGAGGGCAAUGACCGUACUUCGCUCGAGCUCCCUGGGCGCACCAACGAGCUCAUUUCCCGCGUUGCUGCGGUAAACAAGAAGACCAUCGUCGUGACCCAGUCGGGCUCUGUCGUCACUCUACCUUGGACGUCGCUUGUACCCAGCAUGGUGCACGCGUGGUAUUUGGGCAACGCGACGGGCGAGGCCAUCGCCGACGUGCUUGUUGGGCGGCGGAACCCAAGCGGCAAGCUGUCGCUCACGUUCCCGGUGCGCGAGCAGGAUGUGCCCUCGUACGGACAUUUCCACACGGAGAACGGUGUCGUGCGCUAUGCUGAAGACCUCUACGUUGGCUACAAGCACUACGUUCAUCGCGACAUCAAGCCCCAAUUUGCCUUUGGACACGGUUUAUCCUACACGACCUUUGCCUUGAGCAACCUCAAGGUUGCCGAGCCGAAGGUAGACCCGCUUUCGGUCAUCGUCACCGUGACGAUUAAGAACACUGGCCGGAUCGCGGGUUCCGAGGUUGCUCAGGUAUACCUCUCCCAUCCCACGGCCUCGACGUCCCUCAGUACCUUCGUCGAUGUUACCCACCCGCCCGUGCAGCUUCGCGCGUUCUCGAAGGUCUUCCUUCAGCCCGGAGAGAGUAAAGAGGUGUCCUUGACCCUUGAUCGUCUCGCACUGUCCUACUGGCAUGACAUUUACGAGAAGUGGGUGGUUGAGAAGGGCGAGUACACAGUACGCGUCGGUACAGGGGUUGACAAGCUGGACCUCGAGGCACGCUUUACGGUGAACAGCAGGACAGAGUGGAGUGGUAUAUAAGAUGAACGGGCGAACUUUAACUCGAAAGGCCUGCAAGUCCCAGUAGCGAUAUAUUGAAUUGUACUUGUACUACCAGCCACAAGCGAUCAUCUUGG